CAAUUGCAAAAACCCUGCAAAGCCCGGCCCCGCGGAAGGAAUGGUUUCAGAGCUGUUUGUUUCUUUUUGAUACUGGAGCUCUGGUUGUUCUGGCUUUUACUCCUGUGUGUGGCCAGACAACCCCAAAAGCAGUUUAGAGCGACGGGGACCAGAGGACGCAGGCAACCGAAAGGAUGAGAUGCCUCCUGGACUUGCUCCUCCUGCUGCCAUUUCUAAUCAUCUUUUCCUUAGAGUCGUUCGUCAAGCUUUUUAUUCCUAAGAAGAGAAAAUCAGUCGCUGGAGAAAUCGUCCUCAUUACUGGAGCUGGACAUGGAAUUGGGAGGCUAACUGCUUUUGAAUUUGCCAAACUUAAAACCAAACUGGUUCUCUGGGAUAUCAACAAGCAUGGCAUUGAAGAAACAGCUGCUGCUUGCAGGAAACUGGGUGCCCAGGCUCAUCCCUUUGUGGUGGACUGCAGCAAGCGAGAAGAGAUUUACAGCACUGCAAUGAAGGUAAAGGAAGAAAUUGGAGAUGUUAGUAUUCUCAUAAAUAACGCUGGUGUUGUCUAUACAUCAGAUUUGUUUGCUACACAGGACCCUCAGAUUGAAAAGACUUUUGAAGUCAAUAUCCUUGCACAUUUUUGGACUACAAAGGCAUUUCUUCCAGUGAUGAUGAAGAAUAAUCAUGGCCAUAUUGUCACCGUGGCAUCAGCAGGGGGGCACACAGUGGUUCCCUUCUUACUGGCUUACUGUUCCAGCAAGUUUGCCGCUGUUGGAUUUCACAGAGCUUUGACUGAUGAACUGGCUGCCUUAGGAAGAACAGGAAUCAAAACAUCAUGCCUCUGCCCUAACUUUGUAAACACUGGCUUCAUCAAAAACCCAAGUACCAAUUUGGGACCCACCCUGGAGCCUGAGGAGGUGGUAGAGAAGCUCAUGAAUGGCAUCCUGACCGAGCAGAAAAUGAUUUUUGUUCCAUCUUCCAUAAAGCUUUUGACACUACUUGAAAGGGUCUUUCCUGAGCGGUUCCUGGCACUCUUAAAACAGAGGAUCAAUGUUAAGUUUGAUGCAGUUGUUGGAUACAAAGCUAAAUGACAAUAAGUACUUGAUUUUCUUGAAAGCUGAUUUAUCAGGUUUAAAGUUGAUUUCAUUUAAUAUUAAUCAGAAUUUCACUGUUUUAACUUUUCUUUUUCCUCAUUCUUUUUUCUUCAAUAUCUCCUUUUAAGGCUCUGACAGUACUCAUGAGAACUAAUUUCAUGCGAUAUAACCAAAUAGCCUUAAGAGUUAAUAUUAUAUAGAAAAUGAGGUAAAAAGGAACAAUUUCAUGACAAUAAUUUUCCCAGAUUUUGUAGCUCAUCACAAAGUUUCCAGAACUUGUACUAUGAAUUUUUAUUUAAGAUGUUUUUAAUUGUACUUUAUGUAAUCCACAUUUCCCCUUCUAUAUAAAAUUAGAAACUUUAACUUCUCAGGAUAUAAUUAAGCACCCUCUGUGUCUACUAUCAUUUCACAAUGGAUUUCAUGAGUUCUGAAAUGUUCCAUCCCACACCUCAGCACUGUUUCUUGAGAGUCCUUGCAUUCCAAAUGUCAGACAUUUCAGUCCAGGGAGGCUGGAGGUGGAUGCAGCGAGAUUUCAGCAGAAGUAUAAAUGAAUGUGCUUUCAAGUGGUGAUAAUAAAUGGACCAGAUUUCAGCUUCUGGUGUUUCCAUCUGUUGUAAACAGAACAUGGCUUAACCUUUAAGUUAAAGGAAGAUCAAUUUACAAUAAAAAAAUCUUUCCUUUU